AUGCGGCCCCUUUCUCUGCUGUCAGCCGCCCUGGCCUUUGGCCUUUCCACGGCAGUCCCCGUGAAUGACGCCUCCAAUUUCCUUACUCAAGCAGCUUGCACUCCUCUCACCGCCGAUAAUCCGAGCACAUACUGGUUGGAGGGCAUUGCUCACAACGGCUUGUCAUCUUUCCUCGACUCCAGCCUGGGCGACUACAGCACGUUCCGGAACGUAGUCCAAGACUUCGGUGCGGAUAAUUCAGGAAAAACCGAUGCUUCGACUGCGAUUCAGAACGCCAUCAACGCCGGUCCGGCCAAUGGCGCUCUCCGUUCUCAGCAGGACAAUGGUUACGGUACCACAGGCCAGCCUGCCGUUGUGUACCUUCCCGCUGGUACCUAUCUUCUGACGACUCCUCUUCAACUGUUCAUCGGGACUGUUUUCGUUGGUGACGCUGUCAACCCUCCUGUGCUCAAGGUCGCUUCCAACUUCAGCGACAACCACGUCAUCUACGGCAAGGAUCCUCGCUAUGGCGGCACUAUCAAUUUUUACAUCGGCCUCAAGAACGUCGUCAUUGAUUCAACUGCUGUCUCUCCCAGCACCUCUCUCUCUCUACUGGACUGGACAGUCAGUCAAGCCACCCAAAUCUCCAACGUCGUUUUCAACAUGCCCAACGGCUCGACUGGCCACAUCGGCAUGAGGAUCGGCGAAUGGGAAGGAGGAGACGGCUACAACAGCAACAUCAUCAUCAACGACUUGACUUUCAACGGCGGUUACAUUGGUAUUUACGCCGGCGGCCAGCAAUGGGUGUUCAAGAGCAUCAAGUUCAAUGGCUGCGGUAUCGGUGCCCAACUGGGUGGCCAUGAUGUCGUCGUCACGAGCAGCACGUUCGAAUCCUGCGAUAUUGGCAUCGAGGCCCAUGAUAUCGGCGGAUCGCUCGUGGUUAUCGACACGUCGACCAGCAAUACUGGCACGUUCAUCAACUCUACUAACACUUAUCAGCCCAACGGCAUCGUGCUCGAAAACAUCCAGCACGACGGCACUACAGUUCAUCUCAACGGCUCAGUCCUUCUUUCUGGUAGCGUAGAUGACACUUGGUACCGUGGAAAUGCUUAUCCCACUCCCGGCAGCGGUGUCCACGCCUGGAUUCCUGAUGGUCAGACUGGCAAGACUCCCCGUACCUCGGCGCUUCUUGACGGUACCAAGUACGUGGCCAUUGCCCCUCCGACGUACAAGGAGUACUCGGUCGACAAGUUCAUCAACAUCAAGGCCGUCGAGGGUCUUCCGGUGUACGGAGACGGCGUGACGGAUGAUACCGAGAACAUCAAUGCCAUUCUCGCCCAGUACGCGGGCUGCUCCAUCAUCUACUGGCCCGCCGGCACCUACAUCGUCACUGACACCAUCACCCUUCCCGUGGGCACCCGCAUCUUCGGUGACGCCUUCGGCACCGCCAUCUCGGCGAACGGCAGCAACUUCUGGAACCCGGACGAGCCGCGCACCAUGGUCAAGGUCGGCAACAGCGGCGACGUGGGCGUGGCGCAGAUCAGCGACAUGCUCUUCACCGUGGCAGACGUGCUGCAGGGCUGCAAGCUGCUCGAGAUCAACAUGGCCGGCAACACGCCCGGUGACGUGGGCCUGUGGAACACGCACUUCCGCGUCGGCGGCGCCAAGGGCUCCAAGGUGCAGACCAACUGCGGCAGCUCGCCCGCCCAGUGCAAGGCCGCGUGGGGGCUGAUGCACCUCACCAACACCUCCUCCGCAUACAUCGAGAACAUGUGGGGCUGGACGGCGGACCACGACCUCGACGGCGGCGGCAACGCCGAGCAGGUCAUCGCCGUCGGCCGCGGCGCCCUCGUCGAAGCCACAAAGGGCACCUGGCUCGUCGGCACCGGAAUGGAGCACAACACGCUCUACCAGUAUAACUUCUGGAACGCCCGCAACGUUUAUACUGCUAUGCAGCAGAGCGAGACGCCCUACUGGCAGGGGCCCAACGGCUUCGACGCCGCCCCCGCCCCCUGGGCCGACAACCUCAUCCCGAGCGACCCGGCUUUCGCGGGUUGCGAUGGCGAUGCUUACUGCGGCAUGGCGUGGCUGGAGCGCGCGAACGAGGGCACCAGCGACCUGUUCCUGUACGGCGGCGCCCUGUGGGUCUUCUUCAACGGCGGCACCAGCAAGGAGUGCACCGAGCACGAUCCCUACUGCCAGCAGUCGGCCGUCGAGAUCAGCAAUGCGCAGCGCGUUUACCUGUACGGCACGAAUGUCAAGGCCAUCGAGCGGAUCAUCGUCAGCGAUGGCGGGGCUGCCGUGGCGACCACUGCGGAUAGCAGCGGUGGGUGGGGUGGUGUCAUUGCGGCGUAUCUGUUUAAUACGUAG